AUGAUUAUCCUGAAGGCCUGUUGGAGAAACCACGAAGUCGCAGAUAUGCAGUGCACCCGUAUAACAAUGAACGUUCAAGGAAGUGCCCCAAAUUUUUGGAAGACAUCAGAAAGCAUCCCGAUAAAUUUUUUGAGUACUAUCGCAUGUCAAUUGCGCCAUUCGAUGAACUACUUGGAGCUCUACAUACUUGGCCACGGGAAAUACCUUCACAGCUCUACAAUAUGAAUUCCACAUUGGAAGAAAUAUGAUUGCCGAUAUAGUGUCUGAAACUUGCCGGAACAGAUUCCACUCCUCAGCCUUUUGUAUUUCUUGGAGACGAAGCGUUUAAAAUACAUACAAAUCUCAUGAGACCCUUUCCUGCACGUGACAUUGAUGGUCGUCGAAGAAUUUUCAAUUACCGACUUUCUAGAGCCAGACGUUCAGUCGAGUGUGCAUUUGGUUUAUUAGCCAAUAAAUGGCGAAUUUUUCACACACCAAUUUUGGUAUGACCAGAGCUCAUUGAUGAUAUCGUAAAAGCCUGUUGCAUCCUACAUAAUUUCGUUCGGCAAAGAGAUGGUGCCAAUUAUGAAGAAGGUGAAAUCUCUCCAUUUCCUGACGUAAUAAAUACUGGUGCAGCGCCCCGCGACCAAGGAACACAAGUUCUCGAUUUUUUCGCAGAUUAUUUUGUUGGGAUUGGUGCCGUCCCGUUUUAAGAGGAGUAUAAUUAUUGAAUUGCAAGGAUGUUCACGUAGUUGUGAAUAAAUGUAUUAAAGUAUUACAAUGUACUUAAUUCUAAAAAAAUACCUAUUAUCUGAGAAACUCGGCAUUGCCCGGAAAAAAAUUACGUAUAAAAAACGAUGAAUGAUAAGAAUAAAAUUUUAGGUAAAUACCAUGUCCCAUGUCCAUGUAAAAACCGUAUUCCAAGGCGUUAUUUUUUCGUUUUAUUUAUUUUUAUUAAAUUUUGAUUGCCAAAUCUUUUUUUUAAGUGAAAACAUCACUUAUGCACAUCAAUAGUAAUUUUAAAAUUAUGCCAAAAAGAAUUGAAAGAUUUGUUUCUAAAUUUAACCGUAAUUUUCAUGUGGUGAAAAUAAAUGCUAGUCAGUCAAUAUAUGAUCAAACAAUCGACUUUUUUUAUAUUAAAUUCGGUUUUAAACUUUUUAACUUUCAAUUAUUAACCUUUAUAAUUAUUUGGUACCUUCAACUUACAUUUUUUAUUCCUCUCUUUCUUCCCAAGUGUAUCCCAAUCUUGGAAGAUCCUUCGGACGAUCUCGAUCCAAGCCUUUUCUUUUUCGUAUCUGUCUUUGUACUGCUCACAACUUUUGUUCCAAAUGGAAGGAUGCAUCUCAACGAGCUCAAUGAGGUUUUCUGUGGACAUGAUUCUGCAGACUCCUCGACGAAAUCACGAAACACACUACAAAUCGCAACCCGCAGCGGUUCAGUAGACAACUAUUUGUCACCAGGCGUUAGUUUGUGUAUGUUUCCCCCACUCAAACUGCAAAACGCAAACCGCUUUCCCGCCGACAAGACGCGGGCUGAAUUUUGCCGCCGAUCGCAGCGGCCGGCGGGAACGAAAUAUGUCAUUGAGCAUUGACAUUGCAUUGCAGGCGGUUGUCGAACGGGCCGCUAAUUUUAGCGUUUUUGCGGUUUUCCGGUUAACAUGUCAUUACACUAAAACCCCCACUUCUAUUGCUUCGUUCCUUAUGGGAUUUUCAAUGUUGCAUUUUUUAUUGGCGACUGACGCAGUUUCCCGAAAUUUAGCUACAAGUUCUAGAACAUAUUUUCGAUUCACG